UGUUUUCAACCGUCCUUGCAAUAAUCGGGGCUCUUGUUAUUUUCGCGUUUCCUUCACGAAAGAUUCGUAUUGAGGGCAUGUGAAUUAUUUCAUGCUGUCAUUACUUCGCACAGUGGAUUGGUUUUCAAACAGUUGAACGUCAAAUCGACAUACUUUCUCCGCUGAAGAACAAGGGAAUCGUUCGGGUUUUAAUUAUCAACUGCACGCACUUAACAAGUGGCCGCUCCGCGGGUGUCUGGGAUCUGUCAAAGUACGAUACGCUCCUCUGUCAUGCGAUAUUCCAAUCAUAAGCAGUCCUCCUGAUUAGUCAUCUUUGAAUCUGUAUUUUCGCCGAAAUGGACGACCAGAGCGAGUCCCAGAAAUGGCAGCAACAUUUGUCAUUACUUCGAUCGCAAUACGUCAAUUUAUACGCUACAAAUACAGAACUUCGACAAAAAUUUGAAAUUGCUACUGCAGCCGGGAGUGAAUCCGGGUUCAUCGAGAGAUUGUUGACGACUGUUGCGUCGCUGUAUCGGCAGAAACGUUACAGUGAUUUGACUAUCAAAUUGACCAAUGGCAAUGUUCCAGCUCAUAAAUUUAUAUUAAGCGCAAGAAGUGAUUAUUGGAAUGAAUCGGCAUUAGCAAGUACAUCCGAAUUAGACUGGAGUCAUUUUGAUGGUGAUGUUGGCUUGAUAUUGCUGAAGUGGAUUUACACAAGUAUCGUGGAUAAAGAAAAUUUGACUCUUGAGUUUAUGAAGGCAGCAUCAAGCUUCCAAUUGAAAGAGCUCGUUGAACAAUGUGAGACUUAUCUCAUUGGCACUGUCAGUCUCAGAGAUUGUGUGGCACUUUACACAGCGGCAGAAGGCUUGGGAGCUGAAAAACUGCGGGAGUACUGCAGCUCCCUCAUAUCCACGCAUUGGGAAGACCUCACUGGUAAUGACUUUAAGGAAAUGCCCGGUGCUCUGCUCUAUCAACUCUUGAAGACAAAAAGCGACUAUCCACUCCACUCGGCUGUAAGAUUGGAGAGGGAAGACGUGGUAUUUUUAUAUCUCGUGGAACACAAUGCGGAGCUUCCGAAGGUGGUGAAUGCGGUAGAUCACAAGGGCCGACGAGCUCUGGAGGUGGCUCUCAAGUCGCGUCAACCCUCCCUCGCACGUACAUUAGUUGAACAUCAGGCUGAUCUGAGUGCGAAGGAUUCACGUGGCCUCACCCUCCUGCAGUCUGCUAUUCUCAAGGGCGAUUCAUACGCCGCUGAGUUUAUCAUUGAACAGUUGGAAAACAGCGGUGCCUCGGAACGUCUGUCAGACCAACUGAGCUUCGAUAAUAAUUCUGGGGAUGAAGCGUUGAGGGAGUUUGAGGGUUGCACUGUCCUCCACUUGGUAGCUAAGCACAAUACUCCGGACAUGGUGGGUGUUGCUGGCAAACUCUUGCAAGCGGGGAUCAAUGAAAAUGUGCAGGACAAGAGGGGGUGGACGGCCCUCCACUGGAGCAUCGCCGAGAGGCACGAGCCCCUGUUCGAACUCCUCCUCGAAUCAAAGAGCUUGAACCCAGACAUAACAACAGAAGAUUGUCACUCUCCCCUCUCAUUCGCCCUCCGCGCCGAGCCCUGCCUCAAAACAUUCGCCGAGAAGCUCCUCUCCCACGGUGCCACAUCGAAUCCAGUCUGCAGCAAAGAUCAGGACACCCUCCUCCACGUUCUAGCCCGAGAAGGCAAGGAGGAGGCUGCGAUAUUCCUCGUUCAUCACUCCAAAACCAACACCAUAACAAAACAAGUGAACCUGGACGGCGCAGCAGUCCUCCACGAAGCCUGCCGAGCUGGUCUCGCAGAGCUUUCAAAGCUCCUCCUAGACCUGGAUGACUCAGAGUGCCUAACCACCGUUACCAAGAGCACCAACGAAGUCCCCCUGCACUUGGCGGUGUCAAAUCUCCACUUCAACGUCGUCCAGGUGCUCCUCGAGUCGCCGAAGAGUCCAAAAGACCAGUUGAAUUGCAAGAACAACGAGGGAGAGACACCACUGAGUCUCGCAAUAAAGGCCCCAUUGAAGAAAGGUCGUGAGAUCGUGGCUGGACUGAUAAAUGCAGGUGCCAACAUCAACGAGAUCAACGACAAGGGCUUAACUCUGCUGCACCAAGCCAUAUUAAAAGAAGACUCAGCGACAGCGAUAUUUCUGCUGGAGAAUGGGGCAGACAUGAACGCCAAAACCCCGGAUGACGAGAAUCCCCUGCAGUUGAGUGUGCACUGUCGACUGGGUGAAGUUGUGGAGGCACUUUGCAGACGAGGAGUCGACACCUCCGUUGGCUGUCCACUCUGGGAUGCCCUGGACUCAGAUCAAGAUGACACUGCCUCUAUUCUAGUCACUCACGGUGCUGACACUGAUUGCUGGGGGCCUGGGCCUGACGGCUGCUACCAAACACUUCUCCAUCGAGCUAUUGAUGACAAUAAAGAAGAAAUUGCCCAGUUUCUCAUUCGCAGUGGGUGCGAUUUGAAUGCACCAAGGAGACCAGGGCCCGAUGGUGCUGGGGGCUGUGAAGCUAGGGAUAAUUGCACUCCACUGCAUCUGUGCUGCCAGUGGGGGCUUGAGCAAGUUGUUCAGACACUUGUGGAACAUGGGGCCAAUGUCAAUGCACGUGAUGCUGAGGGGAAAACUCCGAUUCAUGUCGCCAUUCAGAAUCAACACACUCAGAUUAUAACUCUGUUGCUGUGUCAUCCUAGUAUUGAUCUCUCGUCGAGGGAUAAGAAAGGCCUCAGCCCUUUUGCCACUGCUCUCACUGUCAGGAAUAAUAAAGCUGCUCAGGCUAUUCUUGAGAGACUGCCCAGUGCUGCUGAGCAGUUUGAUAAUAAGGGGAGGAACUUUCUGCAUAUGGCUAUUCAGAAGGGCGAUAUGGAGAGCAUUCUGUUUUUGUUGUCCAUUCAGGUUGAUGUUAACUCGAGGGUGCAGGAUGUCAUUCAAACACCACCGCUGCAUCUCGCUGUUACGUCGGGGAAUGAAAUGCUGGUGAGGAGCUUGAUUUUGGCGGGGGCCAGGAUCAAUGAUACUGAUGCACAUAGGAAUACUGCGCUGCAUGCCGCUGCCAAGGCCGGACAUGCUGCUGUUGUUUCGGCUUUGCUGCAGAACGGUAUAAAUUUUGAUGCUGUCAAUGCUGACGGUGAUAACGCACUCCACGUAGCGGUACGAGAGGGUCACGUCUCAGUAGUCAGAACAUUGUUGACAGAGUGUACCCUAGACGCCGAGACUGUCAAUCUCAAGGGAAGAAAUCCCCUCCACGAAUUGGCAAGAUGUGGGCGUGAUAAUGCGGCGACGAUCUGUGAUCUUUUCCUCGAGUGCAUGGCGCAAUAUCCAAUAAACAAUGCAGAUGCAGAUGGGAAUACGCCUUUGCUGAUAGCCUACAUGAAGGGCAAUGGGAAUUUAUGUCGGACGUUGGUGAAGGCUGGCGCUUGCCUCGGCUCCAUGAACAAAGACGGAAUUACGAUAUUCAAUUAUCAAGUCGCAACGAAGCAAUUGCUCUAUAGAUUAUUGGACUCGCUGACUCAAGAAGCACCUUGGGCUGACAAAGACAUUUGUCUUGAAUGUGGAACUAAAUUUUCGCUUACUAUGAGGAAACAUCAUUGUCGCCACUGCGGGAGAAUACUGUGCAGCAAAUGCUCAGGUCAAGAUGUGCCAAUACUAAAGUUCGGACUUAACAAACCGGUACGAGUAUGUUCUGUUUGCUUUGAAGUCCUGCAAGUUGGACCGGAAUGAACGCAGAGAAUCAAAAUAUGUUCCUCCUAAAUCUAUAUCUUCACUGUGCAGUGACUAACUCUACUCUCUAUUGGAACAAAAAAUAUAUGUAUAAGAAAAGAGGAUUAAAAAAAAGUUCGUGUCUUUAAUGAA